UUUUCCUUUCCUUCACUACCACUCAAUAAAAACCAAAGGCUACCAAGUUUACAACAACCCCUUCUUCUUCAUAAACCACAAAAAAAUCUUUUAUAACCCAACAAUUUCUAAAACUCAACCACACACCAACAAAGAAUUCCCCUCCAUUAUCACUUCAAUAUUGAAGAUUUUAGUAGCUUGUAGUUGAAAGUUGUAAGUAUUUUCAAUGGCAACUACAACAACUUCAAUUUCAGCUACUACUACUUUUUCUUCAUCUAUUGGUGGUGAAGAUUAUGCCUUACUUGCUAGGAAAGUGCCAAUGAACGUACGUAUGGGGAAGCCAGUGAGAUCAAGGCCAAUGAUGGGGAAUGUUAAUGAAGGGAAAGGACUAUUUGCUCCUAUUGUUGUUGUCACUAGAAAUAUUGUUGGCAAGAAACGUUUCAACCAGCUUAGGGGCAAAGCUAUUGCUUUACACUCUCAGGUAAUCACAGAGUUCUGCAAAUCAAUAGGAGCAGAUCAGAAGCAAAGGCAAGGAUUGAUCCGACUAGCAAAGAAGAAUGGUGAAAGACUUGGAUUUCUUGCUUGAUAUCAGCUUUAUAUAUUAUAAUAUGGUGUCCCAUACCAUUGACAUGGGAAAUGUUAUUAUGAUCAAAUAGCUUAGCUAUAGCUUUUGUGUACUUGAAACAACUCAAUGUUGAUACAACUUAGUUAUCUGUACUAUUCAAACAUAUGCAUUGUAGUCUACUAGGCAUGCCUUCUUGUUUUUAA